AUGGGAGACACUCCUAUGACUGAGGCAGACGAGACUACUUACCUGGGAGUCACCUUUGACAAGAGGCAAACGUGGAAGCCACAUAUCGUGAAAAAAGAAAGAAAGGCCCGAAGAAAACUUGCAAUGAUGCGAAAGCUUGCGGGAACCACAUGGGGGGCAAAUGAGCACAUACUCAAGACAGUCUACCGAGGCACAGUGAGACCCCAAUUAGAGUAUAGUUCCCCCACAUGGUCUACCACAGCCAAAUCCAACCGCCAGGCUCUGGAUAAAAUCCAGAACCAAGCACUGCGCAUCAUAACAGGAGCAACCAAGUCCACACCAAUUGCCUUCAUGGAAAAGAUAACAGGAAUACAACCACUUCAAGAAAGAAGAGAUGUCAAAAUCCUGCUUCAGACAGAGAAGUAUACAUGUCUCACGGAUCACCCCAUGUCAGCCAGAGUUAAAGGGUAUACCAAAAAUCGGAUCAAGCGUAGCCACUUUGUACACGGAGCUAAGAAGCUCGACAAGGCCUAUGCAACAGAUCUGACCAUCCCCACCACUCCCUUUGGAAGUGAAGACAUCCCAGGUAAACAAGAGGAUGACCAAUACCCAAGGGAGGCAUGGACUCCUGUCUACACAGACGGUUCUGCCACUAGAGCAGUCACAAAUGGAGGUGCUGGCAUCGUCAUCCUGUACCCAUCCGGAAAACGAGAAACACAUCAUGCAGCAACCGGAACACACUGUAGCAAUUACAGAGCAGAGACUGAAGCUCUCAUGAAGGCAGUCUCAAUGAUUGAAGACUCGACUGAAGCUGUCUUCCUUACAGAUGCCAUGUCUGUAUUAGAAGCCCUGACCAACAACAAGAUUCCUCAGCUGGCAAAUGCCUUACAAAGAAUCAGCACCAACCUAAACGUUACCCUCCAGUGGAGUGGCUAG